UCCGGGAGCGGGCGUCCCUCGCCAUGACAGAGCAGGAGAAGGCAGAAUGGGAGAACUUAAACAAGCUAUUAAUGCGUCGUGGGUUGAAACCGGUGAGUCUUGCUGCCCCCCAAAGCUGCAGAAAUAUAUCAGAUAUGAUUGUCUUAGACAGUCAGUCUUCUCUAGGAAUAAGACUUGCAUUAAAAACGCUGGUGGAAGACACCGACCGACAGCAGAAAAUGAUGCAGGGGCUUAUGGAGGCUAAUCGUUACCUUAGAGAUGAGAUACGACAGGAAAGAGGUCGGGCAUCUCGACAAGAACAGCGGGCUAAUGAUUUGGAAAAUGUGGUGAAAAACAUUAAGUCCAAAAUUUGUCAGCUGGAAGAUGAGACGAUAGCUAAAGUUUGCCAGCAACAGAAUCAAGUCAAAGAACUUCAAAAAGACCAACAGGUUUCACAGGCAAAGUAUCAACAGCAGCAGGAGAAGCUGCAAGAACAGGAAGAGAUCAUUGCCCGUUUGCAAAAGGAGCUGUGCAAAGUUGGGAUGGAGGAGCAACAGCGUGCUGCCACUCAGAACAAAAUGUUUUGUCGGUUUUGCAAAAGAGCUCCCAAGUCUCUUCUAGAUCAGCAGUAA